GCGGCGCCCUCCGCCUUGCGCGCCCCUCCCGCGGGUCUCUGGAGGUUGAGUGGGGCGGCCGGUAGCAAUCGGCACGCGAAUUCGACCUCCCCGCCUUCUUAGAGAGGGCUACAGGGGGUCUCCCAACCGUCCCCAGAAACAUUCGCGCGCCCCAGUGCCUUCUUGGAGUUUGCCUGCCCCACGUCAAGCCGCUCUGAGAUCUGGGUGCAGGAAGAAUAGCCUGGAUAUUCUUCCUGUCUUCAUUUAGAAGCCCCUCUUUCUGAGGGCAGGUGGGCCUUGCGCCCUUUUCCCUCACAGGUCCUGGACGUACGAGGAGUCCCUGGGAUGAGAGGGACUGUGCCUCGGAACUUCUCUUGGCUCCCCUAGGACUGUUUUAUACGCAGCAAGCGCUCAAUAAUGGUAUCGGUGGCAGUAAAAGAGCCCAAGGCUUUAUUUUAUUAACUAUUUCAGCUUCUCCCCUCUUCCUCCUCCUCCACCUCCGCCCAUGAAAUGGUGCACUCUCCCUUUAAGGCUAAGAUGGUGGCUUGCUACGAUUGGGACUCCACUUCCGGUGGGGAGGGGGGCGGGACCCCAGCCCGCUCACGCCGGAAGUGGUUUGCUUUUUCAAGAUGGCGACUCCCUAUGUUACUGACGAGACCGGCGGCAAGUAUAUCGCCUCAACACAGCGACCUGACGGAACCUGGCGCAAGCAGCGGAGGGUGAAAGAAGGCUACGUUCCCCAGGAGGAGGUCCCAGUAUAUGAAAACAAGUAUGUGAAGUUUUUCAAGAGUAAACCAGAAUUGCCCCCAGGGCUCAGCCCUGAGGCCACUGCUCCUGUCACCCCAUCCAGGCCCGAAGGUGGUGAACCAGGCCUCUCCAAGACAGCCAAACGCAACCUGAAGCGAAAGGAGAAGAGGCGGCAGCAGCAAGAGAAAGGAGAGGCAGAGGCCUUGAGCCGGACUCUUGACAAGGUGUCCCUGGAAGAGACAGCCCAACUCCCCAGUGCUCCACAGGGCUCCAGGGCAGCCCCCACAGCUGCAUCUGACCAGCCUGACUCAGCUGCCAUCACUGAGAAAGCCAAGAAGAUAAAGAACCUAAAGAAAAAGCUCCGGCAGGUGGAAGAGCUGCAGCAGCGGAUCCAGGCUGGGGAAGUCAGCCAGCCCAGCAAAGAGCAGCUGGAAAAGCUAGCCAGGAGGAGGGCACUGGAAGAGGAGUUAGAGGACUUGGAGUUAGGCCUCUGAGGCUUUUGGGUAAUAGGGAAUGAACUGCAGAACAAACCAUGGGGCUCUCUGGGGUCCGGGGGAAUAUGGGCAACAGCAGUCAGGAGGGGUACUCCCCAUACUGGCUUACUUCCACUUCUUGCGGCCCAGCUCUGUCCUCCAGAGCCUAGCAUCUCCCUCGAUCCUUCCCUUGUCUUCCCAACUUCUACUUUUUGGACUUUCCCCCUCUUUUUCCCGGUGUUCAAAAUCUCAGUGACUACCCAGAGUACCUUUGCUGCUGAUUUGGGUGUCUUGUUUAAAAGAAAAUCAGGUGGGUGGGAAUCUCUUGGAGAACUGAGGCUGAGGGUAGAGAGAGUACGCCUAAGUCUUGGAGUCUUGGUUCCUGUUCGCAGUGUUGAUGGGUUAUUUCCCUCUCUCCCUCAUCUUUUUUUUAAGAAAAAACAAAAACAAAAACAAAAACAAGAAUAAACACAAGUAAACAUGUC